ACAGACUAGCGAGGAUAAGGGGUGAAUGGCAAUUAGGUAGCCUGCAAAGUGCCUGCGUGAUCCCGAUCCCAAGGGAAGGGGACGAGCGCGAUCUUCCCACCACGACCACCAUUCGCACCGCCCCGUUUAGGCGGCAGUGCAAGCAGCAAUCUCUAAAGUCAAUCUCUGGAGCAAACUUCAUUAUUAUUAUUUUAAGGCAAAGAAGUUGUGCAGAGAUGGAGACUAGUACUGAUCCAGGAUGUGAAGAUCCGCGCCCUUGACCAGGGCGGAAGGGAACGAGCCCCGUUGGCCUGACUUCCCUUACUAAAUGUGCCUGGGACGGUGAAGUUCACGCCCUACCACCCCCCACAGUGGGUCAAGGCAGCACCGUCCAUGGCGUGUUUACUUGGGACUCCAACAGAGUUCUAUGUGGCGUUUCUCCCGAGGAGAAGCGCGCAGAAGCUCGCAGCCUUACUUCGGAGAAAUCCGGGCGGGCUCACCCACCUGGCGAACACUCUCGCGGCGCUCCGCGGCUUCCCGCACCAGGCAAGCGCCUAAGGCGCUAGGAGCGCCUCCGGCGCAAUCCGCCUCGCCCUCCUCCAGGCGAUCCCGCCUCCCCACCCCGGGCCGUUUCCAUUAGCGGCCGGGGUGGGGUGGGAGCUCCCUCACUUGCUCUUUCCCUCCCCUCUCCCUCCAGGCAUUGGCGAGGCCGCCUGUCAAUCACCUGCCAACUCCCCCCUCCAUCUCCCCCAGCGCCGCACGACGGGGCUCAGGAGCGCGGCGCCACCAUCGAGCCCAGGCGGCGGCGGCGGCGGCGGCGGCGACAGACGGUGCUCUGGAGACCGAGGGAGAGAGCGAGCGAGCGGGAGGGCGAUGCUGAUGGAGGAGGAGAUGCAGGCGGCCGAGGAGGGGCCCAGUGUGGCCAAGAUCUACAAGCAGCAGCGCAGCCCUUACAGCGUCCUCAAGACCUUCCCCAGCAGCAGGAGACCGGCGCUGAGCAAGCGCUACGAGAGACCCACCAUGGUGGAGAUCCCGCAGGUCAGGGCGGGCGUCGGGCAGCAGCAGCACCACCAUCACCAGCAGCAGCACUUCCAGCAGCAGCCGCUGCAAGCUGUCGGCUCCUCCUCGUCUAUCAGUGAGCAGCAGCUGCCUUACCAAGCGCACAGCUCCUACCCCGGCGGCAGAGCCGCCCAGGGCCACCCACCCAGGACUCCGGCUCCGCAACUGGGACAUCAGGCGGCUCCUGCCGCUUCUUCGUCGUCCUCCUCCUCCUCUUCGGUCAGGUACGGCCACAGCCACCAGGGGGCAGCAAGUAGCAGCAGCAGCGAGGGAAGCGGCAGCCUGGAGCUGAGUGCAGAGAGCCGUAUGAUUCUGGAUGCCUUUGCUCAGCAGUGCAGCCGGGUUCUUAGUCUUUUAAACUGUGGUGGAAAACUUCUGGACAACAGCCGCUCUCAGUCAUUGGUUUCCUGUGUAAAGCAGGAGAGUCUAAGCUUUAAUGAAAGACCAGAUCAGUGCCAGCUUGGGAAAAUGGUUCAUAGUCAGACAUCAGACAACGUAGACCUAGAGUUACAGUACAUGCACAAGAAGCAGCAAACAUCUGCUUUUCUGAGAGUCUUUACUGAUUCUCUUCAAAACUAUUUGCUUUCUGGAAGCUUUCCAUCUCAGAAUGCUUCUUCUGUGAGUGAUUUUGGCCAUUUAGCAGACAUGGAUCCACUUUCAACCUCUCCAGUGCACACUCUAGGUGGAUGGACAUCCCCUGCAACUUCUGAGUCCCAUGGCCACCCAUCGUCUUCUACACUUCCAGAAGAGGAAGAGGAGGAGGAGGAAGGUUACUGUCCUCGUUGCCAAGAGCUGGAGCAGGAAGUAAUUUCAUUGCAACAAGAAAAUGAGGAACUCCGAAGGAAGCUGGAAAGCAUUCCAGUGCCCUGCCAGACUGUUUUAGAUUACUUGAAGACUGUCCUUCAGCAUCACAACCAGCUUAUGAUUCCGCAGCCAGCAGAGCAGCCAGCAGAGGGGAGCAAGCAGUUGCUUAACAACUAUCCCGUCUACAUCACUAGCAAACAGUGGGACGAGGCGGUAAAUUCCUCAAAGAAAGAUGGGCGGCGGCUCCUUCGAUACCUCAUCAGAUUUGUCUUCACAACCGAUGAGCUUAAGUACUCGUGCGGCCUUGGAAAAAGGAAAAGGUCAGUGCAGUCAGGAGACACUGGUCCUGAAAGACGUCCUCUGGAUCCAGUAAAAGUAACAUGUCUCAGAGAAUUCAUUAGGAUGCACUGCACUUCCAACCCUGAUUGGUGGAUGCCUUCUGAGGAACAGAUAAACAAGGUGUUCAGUGAUGCUGUGGGACAUGCACGGCAAGGACGCGCAGUGGGGACGUUCCUCCACAAUGGUAACUCAUAUUACGAAGGGAUUGAACAACACAGUUCACAAGACGACCUCUUCAGUAGGGGCAUCCAUGAUGGAUCUGGAGACUGAUGGCAAAGGGGAAGAAAUCCAUACAUGUGCAUUAAGGCAAUGAAAGAGACAGUGUGUUCGAUGUGCCGUUUGAUGUGACUUGAGAAUCCAAAGCAUGUUCAGAGUCUUGUUUCAUCCAAGGCCUUCCUAUAAAAUUCCAUAAUGUUUAAGCCUAGUUCUUUAAAACAGAAUAUAAGGAAGUAAACCUAUUUCUGGGUGGCUGGGGAACUGAAUACUGCUUCAUACAAAAUAAUAAUCAUCCCUCCCCAUAGCAAAUUAGCGUGUUAGGUCAGGCUAGGAUGCUUCUACCUUUCAUGUUAGUUUUUUAUGUGAAGGAUUUUCUUACCUGUAUUUUCUGUAUGCAAGCCUCUACCUGCAAUCUUGAGGUAAAACUCAGAUACAGGCUUACCUUCUCACCUGAUGUUUGACAAUGAAAACUAGUUUCACAUCUCUAUACAUCUUCAAAAUAACGGUCAAAUGCACAGUCUCUCCCCCCUCCCCCAUUACACAAAGCAUUACACUUUAUUCUGAGUCUAUGUGCAAUUUUAGGAUUAAAUAAAGGACGUUGUCCUUUACAAUCCACUAGGAAUGUGUAGUGACAUUUCAUUAAAUGGGGAAGUUAUCAGAAUCAGGGAGAGUUCUUUCACUUUGCUUUUUAUUUUGGAAGUUUUCUCUUUUUUGGUUACCUAAAUAUACUAGCUCUAGUCUGUGAUGUUUACCCACUACUAAAAGAUUAAUAAAUCAAGGGACUGUUCCAAGAGAUAACUUAUUACUUUGCAAGCUUUGUUGCUUUAAAUGUUUAUGUAUACACUUAUUUUUGCUUGUGCCACAUUUUGUUUUAUGUACUGUCACUAGUUAGCAAUUAAUGUUACCAUUUCAUAUUUUAAAUUGAAAUGUCACUAACUAUCUCAUAGGCCAAAUCCACACAAAGGGCUCUUUAUGAGUUUCCAUGUGCUGUAGGAGUCCUCUGCUUUUUUACCUCCGUCAUUUGCUUGCCAUUAUAAGGAACUGAGGUGUAAGAGAGCGACUGUUGCAUUGCUCCCAACAACAAGGCAAUAGGACCUGUGCGGUAUUAACUGAAACAGUUUAGAGCCUCUCUAUAUAAAUGUGCAAAAUAAAUGAGCAUCAUCUAAAAUACAUAAAAUCCUGCAAUAUCAUAUUAGGGAGUUGCUGUUACAGACUUAAACAAUGCUUCUAGAAAUGGCAACUGUUGCGUUAUUUUGGGAAUUUUUUCAAGUGCUUCUUCCUUGGCAAUGUUUCUGCUCACAAGGUGCCCUAUACAAGAAGAAAAGCACUUCUUAGGUUAAGGCAGACAGCCCCACCACCCCAGCGUGCUAUCAGAUAUCCCACUCCUACUGCAGUCCCCUCACUACAACCAAUACCAUCCCUGAGGACCUCCCAACCCUCAAGUGUGGCUUUUGGGCGGGCACAUAGGACUGUGGGAGGGACACACGGGUGGGGAAGCCCCUGCUUUAGAUCCAAGACUAUGUCCUUAUAGGAUACCCAAAUGGGCUGUUUUGGAAAUACCCUCUAUUGAGAGAGGGCGAGAUAAAUAAAAAGGUGCAAUGGGAAGAGUGAGAGUGAGGGAGAUCCCAACUCUAUAGUGCCUAUAGGGGGUGGGGAGCAUGGUGUCUGUUCCAUACGUGUGCUUGUCUCACUUCUGAUCCAACACCUUACAGCCAUGCACUGGCAACAUGUGUAGGCCUAUUUCAUACAACUGUUAACGUAAAAUGACUGGGCAACUCUUUCCCUACCCUGUUCCAAUGGUACAUCCCAUCGAUGUCUCACCCAGGCCCAGAGACAGGACACGCUAGUGUAGGGGUUGUGCUGGUGGGUGAAAAAUGG